GUCUUUGAUGUAGUGUAUUCAUGCUCUUAGGCCUAUAUAUAUCAUAGGCUCUUCUAAGGUCCGUGUCCUAGUGUUGUUGGGACUUGUCAAGAGAUGUUGAGCAGCAAGGUCGUUUUCUGAGGUCCUUAUAACGAAUGGGUAUGAUGAAGGUUUUGGGUUUCCUAUGUAAGAUGGGAUGCUUGAUGUGGGCCAUUGGACUCUUUGGGGUGGAGCCUGUCUUGGGUGUGAGGAAUGGGCAGUGGUCACAGAAGAGGGUGGUGGGCUACUUGGAGAGUGAAGGGGAUGUUGUGACUGACUUGCCUGGUCAGCCUAUCGUGGGUUUCAAGCACUAUGCGGGAUACGUGACGGUGGACGAGAAGAACGGUCGAGCACUCUUUUACUGGUUCUUCGAGGCGAUGGUACACCCCGAGGAGAAACCUCUGGUACUAUGGCUCAACGGAGGUCCUGGUUGUUCUUCAGUGGGCUAUGGAGCAACACAAGAGAUUGGUCCUUUCAUCAUUGAUUCAGAUGGAGGGCUUAAAUUCAAUCCUUACUCAUGGAACAAAGAGGCCAACAUGUUGUUCCUGGAGUCUCCCGUGGGAGUGGGCUUUUCCUACUCAAACACAACAAGCGAUUACAGUAUUCUUGGAGAUGACUUCACAGCGAACGAGUCAUACACUUUCCUGCACAAGUGGUUCGCUAAGUUCCCGUCAUACAGGAAGCAAAAUUUCUUUAUUGCUGGCGAGAGCUACGCUGGAAAAUAUGUUCCAGAGCUAGCUGAGCUUAUAUAUGACAGAAACAAGGACCCCUCCCUAUACAUCGAUCUCAAGGGUUUCUUGUUGGGCAAUCCGGAAACAUCGGAUGGUCAUGACUGGCAAGGUCUGGUGGACUAUGCAUGGAGCCAUGCUGUUGUGUCGGACGAAACUCACCAAAUCAUAAAAAGAUCGUGCGACUUCCACAGCAACAAUACAUGGGACAAUGAGGAUUGCACUAACGCCGUGGAUGAGGUCCUUAAUCAGUAUAAACAUAUUGAUAUCUAUAGCCUCUAUACAUCAGUGUGCACACGCAAUUCAACCAGUUCGGAUGAUGAAGGAAUGCAAAUAAUGUACAGGUCCUCAUCUAAGAUGAUGCCAAGGGUCAUGGGCGGUUAUGAUCCGUGCCUCGACAACUAUGCGAAAGUUUUCUACAACAAACCUGAGGUUCAGAAGGCCCUCCAUGUUUCUGAUGGCCACCUCCUAAAGAACUGGAGCAUCUGCAACAAUGAAAUUUUUGAAGGAUGGAAAGAUUCCAAGGCUUCGGUUCUUCCCAUAUACAAGAAGCUUAUUGCAGCUGGGCUUAGAAUAUGGGUCUACAGUGGGGAUACAGACGGGAGAGUUCCAGUCUUGUCUACUAGAUAUAGUUUGAGUGAGUUGGGACUUCCUAUAACUCGCUCAUGGAGGUACUGGUAUCACCAGCAACAGGUAGGUGGAUGGUUACAGGAGUAUGAUGGGCUCACUUUUGCAACAUUUAGAGGAGCUGGCCAUGCCGUCCCUAUUUUUAAACCAAGCGAGUCUUUGGCUUUCUUUACGUCUUUUCUCGCCGGGCUUAUUCCACCGUUGGAACGAUGACUCAACGGCUCCGAUUGCUUCUCUCAAUCUGCCAUUGAUUUUGAGCCAAAUUACUAUGUGGUCAAGAUAUUAGAGAGAGA